UCCGACGACGUGCCUGUCACUCGAUCCGCCAAGUUACCAUGCGGCCACCGAAUGUGUAAUUCAUGUCUUCGCCGCAUCUUCACCAUGUCUAUCAAGGACCCUGUCCACAUGCCCCCCAAAUGCUGCAACCAAGACCAUAUCCCUCUGAAACACGUCGACCACCUCUUCGACGAUAAGUUCAAGAUCUUGUGGAAUACAAAGUACCAAGAGUAUACAACCAAGGACCGCUUAUACUGUCCUGCAAAGGGCUGCGGCCAAUGGAUCAAGCCUUCCAAUAUGCACAAGCUCCAAGGUCGCAAGUACGGUCGCUGUCCUAGAUGUAAGACAAAGGUGUGCACCCUGUGCAACAACAAGCUACAUACCAGCGGCGAGUGUCCCAAAGAUCCAGAAACUAAGAGACUUGUCGACUUGGCCAAAGAGAAAGGAUGGCAACGCUGCUACAGCUGCAAGGCCAUGGUCGAGCUCAAGGAGGGCUGCAAUCAUAUGACGUGCCGUUGCGGUUCAGACUUCUGCAUGCUCUGUGCCAGCCCUUGGAAGACUUGCGAAUGUCCUUGGUUCAAUAACGUCGACGUCCUUGAUCAAGACCGCCUGAACCACAUGCGCGUUCCCGAAGCCGUCGCAAACAUGCCUCGCCACGACAGGCACGAUAGAAACGAACCUAAUGACAGAAACGACCGACACGAACCACGUAGAAGCCAUUCUAGAAACCCGCCUAUGACCUACCAGCAAGAACUUGAUGCACGAAGGCGUCAGGAGCGUGCCGAUGAAGCACUGGCUCGCCGUCUGUCCACCACUAACUUUUCCGAACGGCCCCUGCCCGACCGUCCCCGGCCCCGCCGACGUGACACCGUGACCGAGGAAGUCUUUGGAAACCGCGGUGAUCACUUCCUCAAUGAUAAUUAC